UCUCCUUUCCUUAUCCAACCAAAACCAAACGCCAGCCUGAUUCUCUCCCUCUCUCUCUAUUUAUAUAUACAGACACAAAUAUAUGAAAAUGCCAGAGCAUUGGCUGAUGAUUUCUUCUGUGUUUUGAAAUCAGAAGGGAAGUAGGGCUUUUCUCAGCUCUACUUGCUGAAAAUGUACUCGGCAAUUCAUCAUUCGCUGGAGAGCAGUGUCAUGGGCCAUGAAGAUUUACAGGGAUCUCUUGAAGGGAACAAUCUCUCGGCUGACUCUUGCUUGGUCCUCUCGACGGAUCCCAAGCCCCGCCUCCGAUGGACGGCUGAGCUCCAUGAGCGGUUCGUCGACGCGGUCACUCAGCUCGGUGGCCCCGACAAAGCGACACCAAAGAGCAUCAUGAGGACCAUGGGAGUUAAAGGCCUUACACUUUAUCACUUGAAGAGUCAUCUUCAGAAAUACAGGUUGGGGAAGCAAUCGUGCAAGGAGUUAACGGAGAAUUCCAAAGAUGCUUCUGUUGCUGAAAAUCAGGCAAUUGGUUCGUCAUUGUCACCAUCAUCGCAAAUUAUGUCUCAGGACAUGAACGAUAAUCACCGGGUUACCGAGGCAUUGCGGGUUCAAAUGGAAGUUCAGAGAAAGCUGCAUGAACAACUGGAGGUUCAGCGGCAUCUCCAUCUUCGGAUAGAGGCCCAGGGCAAGUACCUCCAAUCAAUACUUGAGAAAGCCUGCAAAGCUCUCACCGACCAGACCGUGGUCACAGCUGGGCUGGAGGCUGCUAGGCAUGAACUCUCCGAGCUGGCAAUCAAGGUCUCAAACGACUGUUUGGGCAUCCCAUACAACUCCCUCAAACUCCCAUAUCUGUCGGAGAUUGUUGCAGCUUGCAUGGAUGAAAAACCCAUGAACAGACUACCAUCACAGAUUGCUGACUGCUCUGUUGAUAGCUGCCUGACAUCAACUGAAAGCCCAGGAAGGGCAUCAAUGGUUGCGGGGUCGCAGGUUGCACUGAAGAAAAGAUCGAGGCCCAUGUUUGGCGAUGGUGGAUCCAUGGGGCAAGGCAUACAGUGGAUGACUAGUAGCAUUUGAUAGAAAUGUAAUUCCACAAUGCUUGGUCGGAGAGUUUCCACAGUAUGCUCAGGUUCUCAGUUUGCACAAGCGGGUCUCAUGGUCCAGUGAUCCAAACCAUUGAUAUGAUGUGGGCUACUAUGUUUGGCCAGGACCAAACCCCCCCACCCCACAGGUUGGAAGAUCCUGACCUUGUCUAUGCAGCAACAGUCAACAUUCAACCAGGAAAGGCCAAAGCUUCGAUGACUAGAAACCUCCGACCUUGGAAGUUCUUGGUGCACCGAGGCUCGUCAUAUCAACAGUUUGGAUCACUGAACCAUGUGCCCCCACCUGAGCAUUCUGUAGAAACUCUCCAGCUGAGCACUGUAUGAUACAGCUUUGAUGAAACGGCUCAGGUCAAUGUCAAUUAUACCUAAUAGAUUCGGCCGAGGAGUUCCAUCUUGUGGGGUUCGCUUGUACAUUGUUUUAAAGCAGGUAGAUGUUUGUAUUCUGGACAUCAGUAGCAAUUGAAGUCGGGCCCCAGCUCGAAUUUAAGCA